AUGAGAAAAGCAAUUAUAAUUGGAGGUGGACCAGCUGGUCUAUCCGCUGCUUUGCGGUUGCAACAAAUCACAGAUGUCACCUCGACCGUGUACGAAUUACGUCCUGAGCCCACCACUCUCGGGGGAGCUGUCGGGCUAUUACCCAACGGCCUCCGCUUAUUUCACAGACUUGGUGUAUACGAUGAUCUCUUAGCACGCGGUAGCAGUCAUUCAAUGGUAAAUCUACGAUCUCUAAAAGGUGAUAUCAUCACCACGCAGGACAUUGUCGGCAGAGUUCGUGAGCAGAACGGGGGAAUUGGCUACCUGCGUAUCAAGCGCAUUGAUCUUCUUCAAGUCCUGCUCAAAGCUGCAGAAAAGGCAAAUAUCCCAAUACACUACGGGAAAAAGAUUAUUGAGAUUGAAGAGAGCGAGCACGAGGUCAAGGUCACGUUCUCAGAUGGAACCACAGACACGGGCGACCUCCUACUCGGAUGCGAUGGAAUCCACUCCGCUGUUCGAAAACUAUACGUCGACCCCAAGCAUGCCAUCGAAUACACUGGAUUUUCCGGUUUGUUUGCGCUGCUUCCGAUAUCUGCACUGCCAGAAGGCUCGGCGGACGAGCUCAAGGGCAUCAACGCUACAUUCACAACGGAAGGCGUCUUUCUCACCAUGUCUUGCUCUGCAAAGGACGACGAAGCGCUCUGGGCGUUCUCCAAAGAGGUUCCUCUGCCCAAAACGGGAGACACAAGAGACGGGUGGGAAGUCAAGCGUGAAGAAGAAAUCGCCGGCUUCAAGAAUGACCUGUUGGACCUGAUAAGUGACGCCAAAGGAGAGUGGGGAAACAUCAUGAGAGCCAUGGUACAGGAGACCUCGGUCGUGAGAUUCUAUCCCGUAUACAGGCUAGCCUCGGGAGGGAAAUGGUACAAAGGUCGGUGUCUUCUUUUGGGAGACGCCGCUCAUGCCAUGGCCCCUCAUGCUGGUCAGGGUGUCUCCAUGGCCGCAGAAGAUGUAUUCAUGAUCGCAAGGUUGCUAGAGAACCCUGACAGAUCUCUCGAAGAUGCAUUCGCAGCAUUUGACAGGAUCCGGCGUCCUCGAGUGAACGAAAUUACGAUGCAGGCGACAAAAAACUCAGAGGUGCGGAGAAGGUCGAGCGAAUGGGGGCUGUGGUUGAAAGAAACCGCUAUUUGGGCCUAUUUCUGGGUUUCCAGAUUGGUGGGGUACAAUUCUUUGGCCAAUACAGAGAGACAAUUGCUCUACGAUGUGGAUGAAGCCGAGAUCUGA